AUGGCUCGCCCUUUCCAGACCCCCUAUGAGCCGGAGUUUGAGAAGCUCUCCUCCCCCCGUACCAAUAGCCCAAGCGCACCCUUUGCCCGCAGCGAAACCCCUGUGUCCUUCAAAACAAACGUUAAUCGAUCGAAGACAAAGCGCUGGGUUGAAGCAAAGAAAUACUCGUAUGACGGCAACGAUUGGGGUGACGACGAGUACGGGGAGUAUGACGACGACGAGCCACUGCCGGUCCCCCCAGCUUCAAGCUUCAGCCAAAGUACCAAUGACCUUUCCAAAGUAGUUCCUCGGAACUCAGCCAGGCCUCCGCUUCCUAGUAUGGAUCGGUCGCGCUCAAUGGAUCAUGUAGCGAUACUCGGAGUAGGGCUUGCUGGAAGUCGUAGUCGUUCGGUGGAAGGAAACACUGCCCAGGCGCCUGCGGACAGCGCGGCCUCUGACAAAUCCCUCCCUUUCGUGCGCCCGGCCGAUCUAUACAAACGCAUGCAGGAGAGCCGUCGCCAGGACAGCUCUCACCAUUUCGCCCGCUCACAAACCGAGCCCAUCUCCCAGUCACCACCGCCUGGUAACGAUCAGGGACUGCCCGAAACUCAAGAGGCCAGACCGCAUGGGAGUGAACAUGCCAAUGACGACCGACUCGUGGCAUCUACUGUGCCUCCGAAAACCGAGAAUGAUACGCCCACCCUCGAACUUCCGAACGUCAAGCGCCUGUCUGGGUUUGACGCUGACUUCGUGGCUUCUGACCCCAAUACACACGGACGGGAUGCUGAAGCCACCCCGCAAGACGAUCAUAAUUUGCAACACAAUCCUUCGCUAGGAUUCCGCUCAGUCGUACACCAGGCCUUUGACGUUCCAGAGACUCCUAUUUCCACUGUUGACAGCGUGGCUCGCUCGAAUAGUGAUGGCACAUCGGUAAUAAGCCUGGUUGUCGGCAAUCGUGGCCCGAAUGAAGACCAGACGCCGACCAUUGUGGAAGAGCCGGGUGAGGUCUCGACGCCGCGAGACGCACCCGAUUCCAACUUGGUCUUCAAACCCGGUCAUCGUUGGGACAUGAGCCUUCCUAGCCCGAAUAACAGCCCUUCGAGGCAGCCUAUCAUUACAUCCCCGGAGACCACUGCCCCAUCGAUGCUGGGAGAGAUGUCCUCGGAGACGCCGACCGAUUCAACUUCGUCGUUUCACCAGCCGCUGCCCCAUAGGGCAUCUGUGCAACUUCCUCCGGCUGCCGCUCUGCCUGCGCCUCUCAACAUAAGCAGCACCCAGACCCUGGAUUCUUCUGCGCAACAGCCGGGAGUCCCCGUCAUCAUUCCCUCAAUCAGCACCGAGAACUCACCCCAGGACACCGAGAGCGACCGGUUGCGGAAAGAGAUUAUUCGCUCACUGAGUCGGGAAAAUACACCGGGUGCAGAACCGCAGCAGCAAGACGAGGGAUUCAGGCCCCAGGCUACGCGCCAGGAUACGGAAAUCAGCCAGCAGGACAGUUUGAUUCCUAGCGAGUAUGAGAGGUACUGGAGCGAACAAGCAGAAUCAAGCCCUCAAGAGUUACGACCACCAGUUCCUGGUUACAGUCAUGCAGAGAAUACGUCCCAAGAUCUGUAUGCCAGUUCGCCUAUGAUCGCCCCAGCACCGGCUCCAGCUGCCCAGCUCGACUCCCAACCAAAACUGAAACGACGAUUCUCAUGGGAAACCUCAUCUUCGGGUGACGAAGUACCUGCCGUAGAUUUACAGUCUAUAUCCCCGUCGGCCGUGCCUGUCCCUGGACAGUUCCCCCCGGCGCACGACAGUACAACGGAGUUAGCCUCAGCCACUGUUCCGGAUGCACAAGCGGUCGUAUUGGAUCGAGAUCAGCCGGUGGACCAUCAGCUGACGCCUGAGAAGCCCAAGCUCACGAUAGUGCCGCCUGCCGCCAUGGACGACAGCAGCAUCGCGUUUGACGGGCAUCUUCCCGAGGUCGCCGAUCGCCAGAGCACGGAGGUGCCCCGGUCCCCUGCGGCCAUUCUCAAAGUUUCGCCCUCCGUCGAGCCGACAUUGUUAGGCUUCCGGGACAUUCUCGGGAUCAAGUCCUCAGAUGAGCGUGUACGCGCUUUUGAUCGGACCCGCGACCAAUUUGCGACGAUCGACACUGGUUUGCAGAACUGGCUUCAGAUCGUGGUUCGCGCACAUCCGGAGCACAUGGAUGUCGUCGAACAGAGCACGAAGGCGUCUUCCAGUGGUCCCAAAGCGGCGGUGACGAACAGGAAAUUCCCCAAGUUGUCUUCUCUCGGACACUUCGUCUCGCACCAGGAGGGCCCUCCAUCCGGGUCCGGCCACGUGAGGCGUCCAUCGGCUCCCCUGGGCUCUAUCAUGAACAAGCAACAGGUCGAGCAACGCGGCAAGGAUCUGUUGCAUACGGCGGGGGCCCUGGGCGGCCGCGCAGGCGAGGCAGCCAAGGGCCUAUUCGCCAAGGGAAGGAAUAAGCUGAAAGGGGGAGGAUCAGACAAGGUAGAUGCUUGA